UGAUCCAACCUUGAAUCAGCCCACACUAUUGCUCGUAGCACCCAAGUUCCAUGCACUUGUUGGUCACCAUAUCCCACUCUCUCCCCUCCAAAUAACCCCUAACAAACGGCACAAGAUUUUAGUUUGCUUUUCAUCGUGGACUGACUCUCUCCAAACCAUAAAACACUCUCCACUCAGAACCUCUCUGUAGAAUUUUCAUUUUUCUUUUACUUUUUAAAUAAUGGAGAAUUACUCUUAUAACUCAUAUCCUGACUCCGGCGACUCUUCGCCACGAUCCCGAGAAAUCGAUUUCGAAAAUCCACCGCCAUGGGAGGACCAACCGCAGCAUGCACAAAAUUACAAGGCCAAGUUCAUGUGCAGCUACGGCGGCAAGAUCCACCCUCGCCCUCAUGACAACCAGCUAUCUUAUAACGGCGGAGAGACUAAGAUCCUAGCCGUUGAACGCACCAUCAAAUUCUCCUCCAUGAUCUCCAAGCUCUCUGCCCUCUGUUGCGGCGGCGACGCCGAAGUUUCCUUCAAGUACCAGCUCCCCGGCGAAGACCUUGACGCCCUUAUUUCCGUCACUAACGAUGAUGAUCUCGAGCACAUGAUGCACGAGUACGAUCGGCUUUAUCGAGCCUCCGCUAAGCCUGCUAGGAUGCGGCUUUUCAUAUUUCCGGCAACUGGCUCUGCGAAUUUUGGGAGCGAAGGGGCGAAAUCGGACCGGGACCGGUUCAUGGAGGCUCUAAAUUCUGGUCCGACUCCGGGAGGAGAAAAAAACGCUGCUAUUCCACCAAACAACGUGGAUUUCUUGUUUGGACUUGAAAAAGGGAUGGCUCCGCCUCCGCCUGUGAAAAUCCGCGAACCCGUGGCGGAACCGGUGACCACGCCUCCGCCUCCUGUACCGGAAGUCGUGGGGUCGGAUCAUGUUUUGAAUCCGGUUGAAAUUCAAAGACAGUUACAAGAAUUUCAGAGGCUUCAAAUUCGGGAUCAAGAACAGCUCGCUAUGUAUAGAAAGAAGACUGAAGACGCUGCUUCUUUGCCUUAUACAGGGGAGUACUACGCCCAUAAAUUACCUGAAAAAGCGCCGCCGGUGAAUUUACCGGUAACUUUACAACAACAUGUGCCGCCUACAGCUGGAUAUUGGCCGGAAAAACAAAUUUCUGGCGGAGGUUUCCCUGCAACCGUAACUACAACCCCAGGCCCACCACCGCCGGCGGAACAUCCUGUUUACAUGAUUCAAGCACCAGGACAGGCUCCGGUCACGGUCUACCAUGCACCUCCACCAAUUCCAGCUGCAGCACCAGCACCACAAAUGGUUAGACCAGUAACCGGACAAGCCGGUCAAGGCUACUACGCCAACGUUCAAAGAAUGUCACCCGAAGUCUACCGGGAGCAACCUGUUUACAACAUGAUGGCCCAACCUCCGCCGACUCAACACCCGCCAAUAUCGGCCAUGCAGCAGCAGGUGAUGAGGCCGCAGAGUGGAGGAGUAACAGAUACUGCAUACGCACACAUGGCAGCGUACGACAGGCAGGUUUACUAUACUGCGCCGGGGGGUGUUGUGGUGCCACCUCAAUAUCAAGGCGUUGGCGUUGCUGUUAGUGGUGAAAUGAGAGGCGGCGCCGAGGGUAAAGUGGUAAACAAAGUUUCCCAAGGUUCAGUUUAAUUAAUUAUGAAAGAAUUUGUGAUGUAUUUGUUAGCUUUAAUCGGUAAUACGUAUUACUGUGUCGAGUCAGUAUAUUUUAUUGUGUUUUUGAUGCUAUAUGAGAUAAUAAGUAUGUGAAUAUUAUUUGCUUAAUUUUGUUUAGCUGUUGAAAUUAUGCUUUGGGUUACCCUUUUUAGGCGUUUUCUCUGCUUUCUGAAUUUUGAUGGAAUUAUCCAAAUUUUCUCACAAUCGUCUGUUUGGUUGUGUUCGUGGCAGAAAAUCUCUGGCCAUUUUCAUUGCAUGAGAGAUUGUUUGAAAGAGGAUUUGGUUUAGAAAAAAAAAUCUUU